AUUUUGCAGUUUUGUCCUAUAUCAGACUUGAGGAUGGAUGAUUAAUCAGACAUUACAUAAUGGCACAUCAGGACUAAUUACUUUACAGUAGGCGUAGACUGUAAAUGAACAUUUUUGUUUAUAAUAGAGAUUGGUAAAUUUGAUGACUAAACUUAAACUAUGUUUGAGCGACAUUGUCUACCGUUUUCAGAAUAUACAGAUUUUAAUGCACUGUGAUUUAGUGAAGGCAAAACAAGUAGCUCAGGGUUUGAGAUGCAGGACAAUACAAAGGCUCUGGAAUCCCUUAACCUUCUAACCCUGCACUUUUUGCCCUUUUGGCUUCACAUAGUAGACGUAAUGUGUAUAUAUCAUGUAUUUCAACCCACUGUUCUUAACUCAAUUAAUGAAUUCUACACAAAUGUAUCUGGAAAGUCCUAUUUCCCAAUUUAAGUUGUGAAAAAUAGAAUGGAAGAUUUUUUUUCAUCAUUUGUCUUCAUUUCCAAGCAGUCAUCAACUAUGUUUUGAAAAAUAAAACUGAAGAGCUGUUAAGAAAUGGACAAAUAUCACAAAAUUGUAAGUGAGUAAAUUAUCUGAUGAUGGCUAUGCAUAAGGAAAACAAACCACAGGUAUACUUUCUUGUCAAUAGUAGCUCUUACCAGUUCAAAAUCAGCGGAUUAGACCUAAAAUAAUUUGCGUGGUUUGCAAACCAAAAAUUCUAAUAUGAGUUUCAUAGAUUACACAGCAAUACAAAGUAAACGGACAGUUAUUUGCUCAGAUGUGUUGUCUUACAGUACUAAUGCUGGAUUAAAAUGACUGUUGAUUUAUAAAGUGAUAGUAUAGUCUAAUCAGUAGACUCUAAUGCACUCUUGCUGUUUAAUUCAAAUGAUUGUAUAUGAUGAGAUAGAAAUGAUGAGGUUUUAAUGAUGUCUGAUUAUUCAAUUCAGAAACUCGCAGCAUGGCAUUCUUACCCAUAGAUUGAACUCUAUAAGCUAUACAUUUGAUUUGUUUAUACUUGAUGACUGUUGCUGUUUAAAUAAAAAAAUUAUGAAAUUAUUAUAAAUCUUUAUUUUCAUAAUUAUAUGUCUUCUGGAAGAUCAGUCUGUAUUUGGUUUAGAAAAAGUUUGAGCAGGAGAUCAACAUUGCGUGAAUGUUUUGUUUGUUUUGGGUGUUUGCGUGUCACGAGUACUACUUGACAACUUUAUAAGGAAGUCUAUAUAUGGACAUGAUCUCUUACAUCAAGCAGCAAAUUUGAAUAGAAAAGCAUUACAGUCCGGAAAUACUUCUGUGGAGGUGUAUUUCGUCUUUGACUUUCUCACGUCUGCAGAUCUUUUUGCUCACUGUCAAUUCACAAUUAGCAGCAAUGACGACAUCCCAAAAGCACAGAUUAUUCUGUUCUGAGCCAAUGGGGGACAAAUCUGUUUACGCACUUCCUGGAAUUGGUCCUGUAUUGGGUGGACGACUUGAAAAGAUUGGAAUAAGAACAGCAAAGGACGUCCUAGGUCGUUUCCUGGUCUUGGGGAUGGAUGAGUGGAAGUUUAAGAACUGGCUUAGAGACUCGUGUAGAGCAAAUGCAAAGCAUCAAAGGGAUUGUUACAACUGUCUGAGGGAAUGGACAAAUAAUUUUUUGUAAAAUCGACAAAACUGAUUGGCUUUCAUGUUACUCAUGUUAAUAUUAUUUAUAUAAGCUUCUGCAACUGUAAGGUUGCGUCUUAUAAAUGUUCCUUUAUCUUUACUGCAUAUGGCUUUAGUAAGGAAACGCAUGUUUACGUUUACGUCACAUAACAAGAACAAAUACUGCAUCACAGUGCAAAACUAUUUGUAUGCUUAUUUAUCAAUAUUUGUAGAAAUACAAAUAAUAUAUAAAUAAUGUAUAUUAUUUAUUAAUAAUAUAUUAUAUUUAUAUAGUAUAAUAUAUUAAUAAUGUAUAUAUUAAACCUUUGACUUCUUUUUCAUAAUAUAGAUUUUUUUAUCAGCCACAGAGUAAUCAUUCAGUUAGCUACAUUUAGGACUUUUCUCAAUAAAUACUAAGGUAUUGUAAUGUCCAACUAAUGCUAUUAAUUUGUAAAGCAAAUUAAAAUAAUAAUUGAUUCCUCUAGUCAUGACCUAUUCUUGAAUAAAUUAUCUAAUCUUGAUAAACCUAAAUUCUUCAAUUUUAAAAAAAACUUUACAUAUUGUCUGUGUUUAAAUAAUUCUUUAUUUAUUUCGGAGAAAUGCUGUUCUACGUCAUAUUUAUUUUUUAUCUUUAAAUUAUCAAAUCUUAAGUAUGGAUCCUCUUUAACUGUUUCCAAAUGUAUACUGUGGUUAAAUUAGUCGUUGUUAAUAAGAGUUCACUAAGUAUGAAUUUCUUUAAACAUUACAUUGCAGAUUGAUCAAGAGAUUGAGAGAGUAUAGGUGGGUGAGCUAAUAGAUUUGCUUUGUUUAUACUAUAAGGACUGCUUAUGUUUGUACUUAAACACAAGACAAAUAAAAGAAUUACAAAAAGUGGGGAUGUUUGGACAUGUAAGAGCUGGCUAAGAGACUCAUGUCGAGCUAAUGCAAAGCAUCAGAAGGACUGUUAAACUGAAUGGACUUAUUUUACACAUGUUAAUAUUUAUAUUGGCUUCUGCAACUUUGCUGAAUACACAGUGCAAAACUUA